AUGGGAAACCUGAACUCAGAUCCUAAUGUCCUUACAAAUGAAGCUGAAGUAGCAGAUUCAAUGUUUGAGGAGCCAUUCCCGCUGCUGGUGCUGUUGCUGAUUGCAAGAAAUCAAUUUAAUCCCGAGUUGGUGGUUUACAAUGCUGGCACUGAUAUUCUAGAUGGAGAUCCUUUGGGAAGGUUGAAGAUCAGCUCUGAGGGAGUGGUGAUAAGAGAUGAAAAGGUCUUCAGAUUUGCAAAAGAAAUGAAUGUACCCAUUGUCAUGCUAACUUCAGGUGGUUACAUGAAAUCAAGCGCUCGAGUUAUUGCAGAUUCAAUUACAAAUCUUUCAAAGAAAAAUUUGAUUGAUCUGAACUCUUCUACAAAUAACAAUCUGUAAUAUUCUGAUAUCUAUGUUUUUUAAUUGUAUAGAAAAAUGUUUGUAAUUAAUAUGAGAUGUAUGUUUGAUGAGAAAAUUUUUUUGCAUGCAUACCUUUUCUAUGAAAACAUUAUUAUGCAAAUCAUAGUUCUAUUUGAAAUAUAAAAAUGUGAUGAUUUUGUUCA